AUGGAAAUUGGCACACAAGAUGCUGAAGAUGAGAUGAGAAGUCUGACACAAACUCUUCCACUAGAAACAGCGCAACAUGUAUUGCAGUUGAAAGUGGCAAUGAAGAAUGCCUCUGAAGAUGAAUAUAAUGCUGUACUGAAGAUGUUUUCAAAUAAACCAAAGGAAGUACCAGCUUCUGAGGAAAAAUCAUCACUCCAACCUGAAGGCAGUGCAACCUUGGGCAAUACAAAUGUUGAUGGUCACAAUGGCCAUGGAAGCCGUGAGCUAUUAUUGGAAGUAUCUGAUAAUGAUGAAGAAGCUGGCGAUUGUGAAGAGAACAGUGCUGAUAAAGAUCUCAGUGUUGAUACAAUGGGAAAAGAAGAUAGGAAAAGUGGCUAUGAUGCAGAUGAAACACCAUUAGAUCCAGCUUGUGCAACAGAUCAUACAAGUGUUGAUCCUUUUGAUUCUGUUGAGAAAAAUUUCUUACAAGAGAGUGCUAGCUCAAGUGAAGAUGAAAAAAUACCUGAGCUGUUGUCAAAGAAAGCUGAUGAUGUUUCUUCUGGUGUUGAAUUUAUAGAUGAUGAGGGAUCUGUGGAAAGACUCUCUGAUAAGGCUGAGAUCAAUGGAACAUCAUUUGUGGAGGAAACACGUUACCUUCAACAGGCCCCUCUUUCAAACUCUCAGCCACAGUCACUGGAAACAGAAAUUAUAGAGAAGAAUGACCCAAAAAUAGAUGAAGGUGAAUCAUCGUCUUCAGAUGAUGAUCAAGCAGUAUCAUCAUCAUCACAUUCUGUGGUGACGUCAAGUGACAGUGACUUGUCAGAAGCAGCUAUACCAAAUGAUUCUUUUCAGGCUAUCCAGUCAGAUGGAAUAAAUGAUGAUAUACAAAAUAAAGAAGUGGCUCCUGGUACCUUUUCAAUAACUGGUUCCAAGGAUGAUGGCAUUGCAGUCAUUGAAGAUGGAGUGUCACAAGUAGAAGCUAGAAAUGAACCAGAAAGCGUAACUGUUCCAGUCUUAGAGAGGACAUUGUCAAUAUCAUCGACAAGCACUCAAACCUCAUGUGAAAACCUCCACUUAGCAAAGGAUCAAAGCUUUAAUACCUUUGGAAAGUUUGAGUAUGGAAAUCUAGACAGUAUUCUGAGUGGAAAUGAAAAAGUAUCAUCAAAGCUUCCUUUUUACUACCAGCCUCAGAUCGUCAUGCAUGGGGAGAAACCCAUCUUAGUCCUUCAACCUGUUCCAUCAACGACUCCUUCAUCAGACAAUAAUGACUGUGUUGCAGGAGUAGAAAAUGGUGCAGUAAAGGCUUCAGUACCAAUCAUUUUACCUUUAGCCUCACCUGUUAUUGAUAAAGCAACAAAAGAUGCUAUUUUUCAGCAAAUAAAUGGGACAGCUGCAUCUUCAUUUGAGGAGGAGGAAGAGUGUUACACUAGAAAUUCUUCUAGUGAGAGUUUCUCCAGUGGUGUUUCACCAUCAGUCAUGGCACCCGUGUCACAACAAAAUGGCACAGAUGGUGAUAUGCAGUUAAAUGCCACAGGGCAUGAUAAGCCUGUUUACCAGAGCAUUCCAGUGGCAGAAAAAUGCGUUGAGACAAGUGAGAGUGAAGAAACGGAGAACUUACCAGAGUGGGUACCGGCAUCUGAACUUGAUAAGGCAUUCUCUGCAGCUGCAAAAGAAACUUUGGAAUCCACCAAAGAACAAACCCCAGUUACACUUACAUUUCCAAUUGUUAGCUUGCCAAGUACAAAUCCUUUUGCAAAAGACUUGGCAGCUCAGGAAUAUGGAUGCAGUGAUGUCAAAGAAGAUAGUUUGUUAAACUUUGGCCCUGAACAAAUGCAACAAUAUUCUUUAUUUGGACCUCCCAGUUCACCAAGCUUGUCACAGGGUGCAAGACCCAAAACAUACCAAGAUCCAGGUCAUGUUGGCAGUGCAACAAACCCAUUUGCUCCUGAUUUAACUCCUAAGAAGCAAGGAAGAAGGCGAGAACAAAAGCCAGCAGAUGCCACUGAGGUAGUCAUUUCAGCAGAAGUGCAUCCAUCUUUGGGGCAGCCUACAGAAAUUCACGGUACACAGCCCAAGUCUCAGAGACACAGAAUGUCUAGUGAGUCCAUGGUUACACUUAUUGAAACUUCCUGUGCUGACACAUCCCUUAGCUCUUUUGAAUCAUUGGGUGUAGAUGAAGCACAGAAAAUAGCCCAAGUAGAAAUGCCUCAGCCUCAGCCUCAGCCUCAACAGGAAAAUGAAAAAAUACCUGAGCUGUUGUCAAAGAAAGCUGAUGAUGUUUCUUCUGGUGUUGAAUUUAUAGAUGAUGAGGGAUCUGUGGAAAGACUCUCUGAUAAGGCUGAGAUCAAUGGAACAUCAUUUGUGGAGGAAACACGUUACCUUCAACAGGCCCCUCUUUCAAACUCUCAGCCACAGUCACUGGAAACAGAAAUUAUAGAGAAGAAUGACCCAAAAAUAGAUGAAGGUGAAUCAUCGUCUUCAGAUGAUGAUCAAGCAGUAUCAUCAUCAUCACAUUCUGUGGUGACGUCAAGUGACAGUGACUUGUCAGAAGCAGCUAUACCAAAUGAUUCUUUUCAGGCUAUCCAGUCAGAUGGAAUAAAUGAUGAUAUACAAAAUAAAGAAGUGGCUCCUGGUACCUUUUCAAUAACUGGUUCCAAGGAUGAUGGCAUUGCAGUCAUUGAAGAUGGAGUGUCACAAGUAGAAGCUAGAAAUGAACCAGAAAGCGUAACUGUUCCAGUCUUAGAGAGGACAUUGUCAAUAUCAUCGACAAGCACUCAAACCUCAUGUGAAAACCUCCACUUAGCAAAGGAUCAAAGCUUUAAUACCUUUGGAAAGUUUGAGUAUGGAAAUCUAGACAGUAUUCUGAGUGGAAAUGAAAAAGUAUCAUCAAAGCUUCCUUUUUACUACCAGCCUCAGAUCGUCAUGCAUGGGGAGAAACCCAUCUUAGUCCUUCAACCUGUUCCAUCAACGACUCCUUCAUCAGACAAUAAUGACUGUGUUGCAGGAGUAGAAAAUGGUGCAGUAAAGGCUUCAGUACCAAUCAUUUUACCUUUAGCCUCACCUGUUAUUGAUAAAGCAACAAAAGAUGCUAUUUUUCAGCAAAUAAAUGGGACAGCUGCAUCUUCAUUUGAGGAGGAGGAAGAGUGUUACACUAGAAAUUCUUCUAGUGAGAGUUUCUCCAGUGGUGUUUCACCAUCAGUCAUGGCGCCCGUGUCACAACAGAAUGGCACAGAUGGUGAUAUGCAGUUAAAUGCCACAGGGCAUGAUAAGCCUGUUUACCAGAGCAUUCCAGUGGCAGAAAAAUGCGUUGAGACAAGUGAGAGUGAAGAAACGGAGAACUUACCAGAGUGGGUACCGGCAUCUGAACUUGAUAAGGCAUUCUCUGCAGCUGCAAAAGAAACUUUGGAAUCCACCAAAGAACAAACCCCAGUUACACUUACAUUUCCAAUUGUUAGCUUGCCAAGUACAAAUCCUUUUGCAAAAGACUUGGCAGCUCAGGAAUAUGGAUGCAGUGAUGUCAAAGAAGAUAGUUUGUUAAACUUUGGCCCUGAACAAAUGCAACAAUAUUCUUUAUUUGGACCUCCCAGUUCACCAAGCUUGUCACAGGGUGCAAGACCCAAAACAUACCAAGAUCCAGGUCAUGUUGGCAGUGCAACAAACCCAUUUGCUCCUGAUUUAACUCCUAAGAAGCAAGGAAGAAGGCGAGAACAAAAGCCAGCAGAUGCCACUGAGGUAGUCAUUUCAGCAGAAGUGCAUCCAUCUUUGGGGCAGCCUACAGAAAUUCACGGUACACAGCCCAAGUCUCAGAGACACAGAAUGUCUAGUGAGUCCAUGGUUACACUUAUUGAAACUUCCUGUGCUGACACAUCCCUUAGCUCUUUUGAAUCAUUGGGUGUAGAUGAAGCACAGAAAAUAGCCCAAGUAGAAAUGCCUCAGCCUCAGCCUCAGCCUCAACAGGAAAGUAAGAAGACCAGCCAAGCCACAGGGAAACCAAAACUGCGUGUGCCUGGCAAAGUAGCUCCUAUCUGGAUGCCUGAUUUUGGGUGCUACAACUGUACUGCCUGCAAUAUAAAAUUUACACUUUUCAUCAGAAAACAUCACUGUAGAGGUUGUGGGAAGAUAUUUUGUAAUAGCUGCUGUUCCCAGCUGGCUAGAUUUCCUUACAUGGAUUUCAAGAUUGGUAGAGUUUGUUCUUCAUGUGCACAAGCUAUUAGAGAAGUUACUCGUUUAAUGAAAAAAGAAGAUCCAUCAAAACCAAGUCCUGGGCAGCAAUCAGCAAUAGAAAAUCAAGGAGCUGCAGCAUCUCCUGGGCUGUCUGCUCAGAAAUCGUCUGCACUACAAACUAGACCACUACCUCAAGGUGUUGUGGUGACUAAUGGUCAGGCACAGAGAAAAGCAACCACGCCUCCAUCUGCACAGAUUCAAAGAUCGGCAACUCAGUCUGCUGCUGUGGUGUCAUUACACCAGGGACUGCCAAGAGGUGUUUCAAACCAACCUGUCCAGUACCGACCACUAACACUGCCACCAAUGUCCACUGCAGGGAUGCGAAACACAGCAACAGCAUUGCCUUUUUCGAACCCAUCUGCUGCUGUUUUACCAUUAAAUCAGGGACUGCAGCCUGUUCAGUACCAGCCCCUGACUUGGCCACCAAUGUCAACUGCAAAGGUUCAAAAAUCAGCGACGCCAGUUCCUGCUCUUGUGCCAUCAAAUCAGUUACAACAGCCAUCUCAGGGACUUGUUACACCAGCACAACCAGCUAAUCAGUACAUGUGGGUGCCCGCUUCUGCCAUUCAGCAAAGCAUGCCUGUCGUUUAUGCCAACCCUGUUGCACCUAGUUUGCAGGGGGGACCAAUGUUUGUCAGUUAUCCCCAAGCAGGUCAGUUCAUUCCGCAGCAGGCUCCAGUUGUGCUGAUGACCAGUCAACCAUCAUCUACUUCAUGCUUGCCUCGGACGACUACCGUUAUGCAGGCUACAAUUGCAACGACAAGUGAAAGAGCAAAGGGGGUAACCCCAGUUUCAAACAGGUCCUCAGGUGGGACAGUGACAACGUUCAGUGUUUUGCCACAGCAUGUUGGACAGUCAGCUGUCCAGUCAGCUCAAAGGAAUAAUGUUGGAAGUGUAAGACAGCCAACAACAACUGUUAAUGAAGCUUCUGUUGGCAGUGCCAUGCCAUCAGUUAGCAAACAGCCAGUGGUACCCUCCUUUCCCCAAUCUAGUCAUCAGACUACUUCAUUAACCAGUCAGCUGCCUUCGACUACCCUUCCAAUAACUUCUUCACCUCAUCAGCCUCCAACUCCCUCUGCAACUACUGCAUCACCAUCCCAGAGAUUGCCUGAUGCUGUGGUAAGGAAAUUCAAUGAAGACAGUCAAUCCCACGAAAGUGUUAAUGGAAGCUCGCAUUCCAGGGAAUCAGAUGGUAGUUUCCUUGUUGCUGAUGAAACAGACCCAAGCUCAAAAGAUUUCCAUCUACCAUUAAGAAGAGCGGGAAGGACCGUCACUUGGCGUUACAGGACCCAAGGGAAGAGUAAACUACAAGAGAUGAGGAAGUCUUUGGCGAAGGAUUUAAGAGAUUUGCCAAAUGGAAUAACAGUUCAGGCCUCUCAAGACCUCUUGGUUCACAUCAAGAAAAUGAAAUUGAAAGAAGGAGAGAGGGACAUUGCUGUGUGGUGCUAUCAGAGUGACGGACUGAACAAGUUCAAUCAUUUAGAGGUUGUGGUUAUGCUGGAAAUGAGGAAAAAGGAAAAUGUCUUUCCUGAGGAAGUGCUACGAGUUUACAGAGGCAUAUUACAUCUUGCAAAAUUGGAAAAUCGUUUUGAACAUGGUAAUUAUUUAUCAAGCAACAGUCAGUUUCUGGAUGGCAGUGAUGAUGCUGGCUUCAUUUUUGUGUCCAGUGAAUUAAAGUCUAAACCACGGGGAUUAAAAGAAAUGAAGGCACCUUUCUUGUAUGGCAUUCUGGUGAAAAGAUCUGAACUUUCUGCCGCCAUGUUUACGCCAAGCAGACUUCUACUUCAAUUGGGAAAUAAAAUGCAAAGUUUUCCGUUCCCGUUGUGGAACAAUCGAGAUCGAAGAGCUAUCAAUCUUGGUAUCCAACAGGACGACAGGUUCUUCCACACAUUGUUUGCCAUGAACAAGUACCUGAAAAACGGUGUACCCGAGGCCAUGGUUCCUGGGCUUUAUGUGGUGAAAGAAGACAAUAAAAUUAUUCUUCAGGUUCCCAGCAGUGGUCAGAGUGCGAUUGUGGGUCUGUUGGAUCGUCUGGUAAAGAAGGAAGAUCAAACAGCUACUGUGCCGCUAUUGGCUGACAUACCUCCUUAUGUGGAUAACUGUAAGAUUGUAGUCUGCAAUGAACGUGGAGGAAAUACUGUACAGACAUUCGGAAAUACAGCUAACAAGUCAGUUGUAGGUCUUAGUUUUCUGUUGCUUCAUCUUGGAGUAGAUGCCUCUUCGCCUCUCAGCUUUGGAGGAGAGCUUCUAGAUGAUGGUGUGCUACUUUUCUUCUCUAAGAGCCACACGCAAAAGCUCCGCGAAAGCUUGGCAUCCAAAGCCAACUGUUAUUUCUUCCUGGGCGAUAAAUUUAACAUCGCACACUUCGAGCUGCGUUGGGUGCCAGACGUAAAUUAUCAUGAAUUACCAAAACCAGCGAAAGACGCCGAUUUCCCAGAAAAGACAGACAACCGGUUGUCUGAAACAACCACUGCCGAUACAACAGCAAAAGAAACCGGAGGCGAUUCGUACCCAGGCACUGCGACCAUUGACAUUCGGUACUCGGGGUAUGGGAACGAGGUUGAACUUCUGAAGAAAGUGUUCGACGACACUGGGAAGAUUCUGAAAAUCCUGGAAGGUAACAUUCGGCAAGCGUGCACCGAUCCACUCAUGAAACACGCCAACAAGAUGAGGCCUGGUGAGAACCAGGAGUUACAGCUUCGUGUUGUCCUGAGGUCGAGUUACAAGAAAUGGUCUGUUGGCCCCAGUGAUCUUCCCACAGCUCUUAUCCGGUCUCUUCAGAUGGCUCUUCACACGGUCCAAGUUCCUGUGGUGUUCGAGGGGGAACUGGUGAUGAGUUUUGAUGUCAGUGUUGUUAAACAGUAGUGUGCCAUGUCACAGAAACAUGGUGACAAUAAUGCCUUAUAACAAGAAAAUGCAAAGCGAUUAAUUUAGAAUUACAAUAUUUAGGUUAAUGUUGGUUCACAUACAGUGACCGGAAGUAGUCUAUGUAGGAGAUGUAAUGAAAUUUUUGUUCACUUGGAGGGUUACUUCCGGCUAGGAGGUUGUAUAGUUUCUAAAGAAAUUUGUGCAAAACCGGGCUAACUUCAAAAAUGAAGUCCGUCAACGACGCAGAAAUACCCCAAGGGUCAUAUAUCAGUUUGAGUGGUCUCGCGAAGGUAACUUGAACAAAUUGAGUAGAGGUUUAAUAUAUCAUUUAUUGGGUAUUCCAGGCCUCAACUUGAGACGUUUGACACUUAUGUCUAGGUUUAUAGAAAAUAAUCUGGGUACACCUUCCUUUACCAGUCCCUGUAUGACGGGCUCUUCAGAUACUUGCUUGUCUGUCUUAGAAAUGUAUCAUCCCUUACCUUACUGUACUGGGAAGAUGAAUAACUGUAGUUUACACAGCAACUUUGUGGUUAGCCCCAGCAUUUUUAACAUACUCUUUACUUACAACAAAACAACAACAAAAACCUUUAUUUCACCCCAGACAACGUUUUGCUAGAGUAAAAACAAGAAUGAUAGGGGUGCCGGCUACCCGAAAUAACUUAUGAGGUCAAAAUGCCAGGCAGCCAGUCAAAAGAGAAGGUAUUUUACAUGGUUAGGUCAGGGACACAAAUAAACAAACAAGCAAACAAACAAACAAACAAACAUAGACACAUACACACAAAAUAAUCGAAAUAUACAAAGUUAAGCUAAGUUAAGCAACGUUAUUACGUACAAAACGUUUUACUAAUUGCCAUCCUUGGCUACCUGAAAUUUCCAUAUAAGCUAAAAAGAUAAGGACGCCAAUAGUUAUAAGAUUAUACAAAUAGAAAUAAUGAAGUCAAAGUUUAAAUCCCACACCAAUCAAAUCAUAUUUUACCGAGAAAUAAUUUUGUUUAUACCAACUUACAAGUUGAUUAAAAUAACGUUUCCGUGUAGCUUAAAGUAAUAAGACGGUGCAGGAAAAAGACACAACAUUUUUUGAGAAAAGAAAAAGACAAAAAAAGUAACAAAGUAAACGGAUGGUUUAAAAGUCAAGGACGGCAACUGUCUGUCAGGAAAAAUAUGAAGGUACCUAAAGCAGGAAAGGCGCGUUUGUUAGUCAGACGGUUGAUGGUUUAUGUUGGAUGUGUUUUGGGUGUGUUCAUGUAUUUCUAUUUUGAGACGGAAAUAAUAAUGAACUCCCAUGUGAAGGAAA